CUGCGGACUAACACGGAGUGAGUGGACUUCGCCUUUUGUGUUUUGCCAAAGCUAGGGAUUGUUUCACUUUUUCCUUCUUUUUUUUGCUCUCGGAGGGAGACCUGUGAGAAAACAAAACAAACAAACAAACGCGAGGAAACGCACCAGUCGAUAGCGGGGCUGCUUACUUUGCGCUUGGAGUUUUGUCGCCACUUAGAGCAUGUGAAAGUUGAAAUCGUAGAGCUGCUGUAGUGUACGCGUACUUUGCAAUCUCCACUUGGUGCACAGCGUUAACUUUGGGAAAUGCAAGUGUUGGUCUUGGAGAUCUAACCACUGAUAGUGGUUGUCAGCUCUUAUAAAGUUCCAACAGGUUAGAAGAGUGAUGACCAUCCUGUUCGUUACUAUGGUUAUUUCAUACUUCAGUUGCAUGAGAGCUGCGCCCAUGAGAGAGAUCCCGGGUGUGCAGGGGGGCCACCGGGCCGAGGGCUACCUGGGCGCUGCUGCCGCUGCUGCCGCUGCUGCCGCUGCCGUCACAUCGGGCAGCCGAGGCCACGGGACUCCACAGAGUGGGGGCGGGCUGCCCUCGCUCACGGACACUUUCGAGCAGGUCAUUGAGGAGUUGCUUGAGGUGGAAGGGGAAGCGACGCAGCAACUGGGGCCCGGGGCCGACCAGGGCCAAGGAGGGGGUGGUCCCAUAGACGCGGCAGACUCGAAGGACGUUGACCUGUAUGCCUCGCGGGUGAUGAUCAGCAACCAAGUGCCUUUGGAGCCGCCGUUACUCUUUCUCUUGGAGGAAUACAAAAACUACCUGGACGCCGCCAACAUGUCGAUGCGUGUGCGGCGGCACUCGGACCCCGCACGGCGGGGGGAGCUCAGCGUUUGUGACAGUAUUAGCCAGUGGGUGACAGCUGUGGACAAAAAGACGGCAAUAGACAUGUCGGGCCAGACGGUCACCGUUCUGGAGAAGGUCCCCGUGACUAAUGGUCAGCUGAAGCAAUACUUUUAUGAGACCAAAUGCAACCCCUUGGGGUACACAAAGGAGGGCUGCCGAGGAAUAGACAAGCGGCACUAUAACUCACAAUGCCGGACAACCCAGUCUUACGUGCGAGCCCUUACCAUGGAUAGCAAAAGGAAGAUCGGCUGGCGGUUUAUACGGAUAGACACUUCGUGUGUAUGCACAUUGACCAUUAAGAGGGGCAGAUAGUGUACACAAUGUAUAGAUUUUAUUGAGAGUUCUAAAAAAAGAGAAAGAAAAGAGAAAAUAUCUAUUUGUAUAUACAUAACAGGGUAAAUUAUUCAGUCAGAUAAAAUUUUAUGGACUGCAUGUAAAAAAGAUAAAAUUUAUACAGUAAGUGAUACUACAGUCUAUUUAUUGAACAUAUUCAUGACCUUGUAAACAAUUAAAAAAAGAUCUGAUCAGUCAUUUGCGCCCAGUUCAAAUUACUAUAUCACAUUCCUCAAGACAUUGUGUUUUUUACGUUGCCAAGAUUUUGAGAGAUGAGGAGAGGAGGGGGUGAGGAAGAAUUACAUUCAAGAAAGAAAAAAAAAAGAAAAAAAAAGAAAAAACUUGCAUGCUGCUUCAAUUGUGAAUUGAAAAACUGUCCACUUUGGGAAAACAAGGAAUCGGUUUCCGACCAAAACAUUCCGUUUACAUUCUCAACCGUAACAGGAUUUCCUCCUCUCAGUACUCUGUCUGUUUACUAUCCUCAACUUCUCAAGGUAAUGUUGGAAAUACAUACUAUGUCAAGGUGCUGUUGUCAAAGCUUUGCUGUUUAUUUUUUUAUCCCCACAAGAUGAAAAAAUAUAUAAUAUAUAUAUAUAUAUAUAUAUAAAAUUUAUUCAUUGACAUGUGUU